AUGCGUGAGUUACAGCGUGACCAAGAGAAGAUCAAGCAGCUUGAGAUCAAAACUGACCACCAGAUGAAGGUACUUCGCAGAAAGCAGGAGGAGAUCCAGGCCGCCCGAAGGACUCGACGGGAAGUGACUCCUCAUAAAAUGACCAGUUCUCAAAUAUCAGAGCCUAUGCUCGUCAGGGCAUCGGAGAGCCACGAGGAUUUGGCUGUCAUUGGUGUCUCUCCGAACACCAGCAAACCCAUCCCGUCGAGCACCAUCUGUCAACUGCCGCCCACAAAGGAGGGUCAGAAACGUUGCUGGCUUGACGCCGAAGUGGAGCGUGUCUUGGGCAAGUCAGCCGUUCUGUGUGUAUUUCUAACGGAUUACGGCAAAGAUUAUCUUUUAAAGGGAAUUUUGAUUGGCUUCUGGAGAAGCCUGUAA